UCCUCCUACUUCUACUUCUACUUCUACCUCUUUUCCAAGAACAUCAUUCAUUAUUAUUUGAGAGAGAGAGAGAGAGAGAGAGAGAGAGAGAGAGCAAUGGAGGAUGAGACAAGAUCGAGAUUCAAGAGAAUUUGUGUGUUCUGUGGAAGCAGUUCGGGGAAGAAACCUAGCUACCAAGAAGCUGCUGUUGAGCUUGGCAAAGAACUGGUGGAGAGAAGGAUUGAUUUGGUCUAUGGAGGUGGCAGCGUGGGUCUGAUGGGUCUUGUUUCUCAGGCUGUUCAUGAUGGUGGGCGCCAUGUUCUAGGGGUUAUUCCAAGGACACUCAUGCCCAGAGAGAUUACUGGUGUAACCAUUGGAGAACUGAGAACUGUGUCCGAUAUGCAUCAAAGGAAAGCCGAGAUGGCCCGGCAAGCCGAUGCUUUCAUUGCUCUUCCUGGUGGCUAUGGUACCCUUGAAGAAUUGCUGGAAGUCAUUACAUGGGCUCAACUUGGAAUCCACCGUAAACCCGUGGGAUUGUUGAAUGUGGAGGGAUACUAUAAUUCCCUCUUGUGUUUCCUCGACAAGGCCGUUGAUGAAGGCUUUAUCUCGCCAACUGCACGUCGCAUUAUCGUGUCUGCCCCGACAGCGAAAGAAUUGGUCAGGGAACUUGAGGAACAUGUGCCCCAGUACGACGAAAUAACAUCGAAACUGGUGUGGGAGGAGGUGGACAGACUAAAUUACGUGCCCCAAUCGGACCUUGCCACCUGACGAACCGGAUGAAUCGUACCCGGCUUUUUGGAAUUUAGCAUAUAUACGCAGUAGCAGUAUAUACUUAGGCUUAUACGGUCUGACACCGUAAUGUCCCGACACAUAUACUUAGGAUUUUCUUUUGUUUUUUUGGGGCUGUGCAUUAAAAUGACUAAGUUCCAUACUCGCCUGGAGAAGAUGUAACUUGUCCUUUUUGUGGAGCUGCCAAAGGGUGCAUUCCUUCCUAUUAUACCAAGCUCAAGCUGUUGCUUUAACAAUGCGUCUGUCUUGAAUUGUGAAAGCCAGGCAAUGGCAAAUCCUGUAAUGUGGAAACAGUUGCAGAAAAGUUUCUAAUGCUGAAGU